CAUUCACAACAAACCCAAAAACCAAACCUGCUCCUUCCCUAUCUUGAACAACCGCCCGGAGACCUCCCCGUCGCCGUCGCCGUCACCGCAAAUGGAUCUGCUCAAUGUGGUGCCGGCGGACGCCAUGGCCUUCCCCCUCUACUCCCUCCCCGCGGCGGCCAACACCGUCGCCUCGCUCUUCGCCUGGCUCGUCGCGGCCCUCGCCGCCGCCGUCGGCCUCUGGCGCAUCCGCGCGGUCGGCUCCUCCAACAAACUACCCGACGCCGGCGCCCGCAGCAGCACCCUCGUGGACGACAAGCAGCAGAUGCAGGCUCUUUCGUCGCCUGCCGCUGACGAGCCACGACCCGCACGCACCGUGCCGGUGGAGCCGGCUUCCCCUAUUAGCGAGCCGAGCUCGCCGUCCAAGGUCCGGUUCACGGCGUACUACGGCGGGGCCGGAGCUGACGCCGGCAACGAUGGAGUAGUGGAUGGCGUCAGGAAAUGCGCGGACAGGGACGAGGACGAGGACGGCGUGCCCGUCGUCGACGACCAGAGCGAGACGCUGCCGAGACGGACGGCGUCGAUGAGGAUCAGGUCGGUGGCAUCGACGGCGGUGCCCUGCUGGGAGGAGAGGGAGAUGGCGGUGAGGAGGCGGGGAGAUUUGGGCUGGUACCGCCACCUUGACAUGGCAGUGCUCGACGGCACCGUCGUAAGGCUGUGGGACAGCGAGGUCACCGCGGCGGUGGCGUCGCCGAGGGCGCGGCGGGGGAGGGCAGGAUUGGAACUGCACCUGUCACUAUAGAGAUGGAGAUCCUGAUGUGUAUAAUGUGGUUAGGAUUAUUGGACUGUGAUUAGGUGGGUAUGACAGUUUUGUCCUUCAAUUUGGGCAUGUAAUAUGUAUGUGUAUCAUCGAAGAGGGCCGAGGCUGAAAAAAUGAACAGCCUUCGUCUCAGCUCUCAGGAGAAAUAAAAAUUUGGCAAAUGGCAGAGUAUUCUUACUCAAUCUC